CUGAAGUUGGAUCUCUGAAGCAGCAACCCCUCCCUUGGUGGCUUGAUGAUUAACGACUGCAGUCUGCCAGACAACGUUUAAUUAUCUAAUUUCUGCUAGGCAUACUUUCUGUUUAUCCUUUUCUUUCCUUUUUUAAUCCUUUUCGCCACCCGAUCUGAGUCUAGUUUAUCCAUGUUUACUCCUGUGGAUUGAACGCGACAGAUAAAUUUCUUUGCGCUUUCUCUCUCUACACCGAGUCUCGCUACAGAUACCUAUUACUGAUCCAAUUGGGACGGUCUGAUGGUUGAAUAUUACCACACGGAGUCUACUAGCAAACCUUGUUUCACUCCUAAACCUCGAGGUUGAACUAGGCAGACAAUCCAGAAGCUCAUUACACUCUACGAAGACCGUCGACCCUAAGUUGCGACAAUGGAGACGCUUGGUUCCGGAAAUGACGAUUUUCCAUCUGGCCUUGAAAAGCUUCAUGGGCAUUUUGAAACGGACCUGGAAAUUAAACAGCGAAGGAGUUAUGUAAGGUGGACAGUGGGACUGGUGGUGCGGCUUUGCAUCUGGUACACGCUACUCACGCCGUUUCUACGAUGCCCAUCACGACUUUCCGGCUUGACAGACUCCUCUCCGUGGGUUUGCAAACCCUAUAUUGUUGCCCGAUCUUGCAUCGAGCCCCAUCUUCAGCCUUACUAUGAUGCAUACGCCGCACCGUAUGUUGAUCUUGCUCGUCCGUACGUUAAGGUGCUGAAUGAACAAGUCUACUCUCCCACUGUGAAAGCCACCAAGAAGGGAUACGAUAUAUACGGCGCGCCAGCGUUAGAACGCGCCGAAAAAUAUGGUUACGAAAAAUGGGAAUCUUAUGUUGCGCCACAAUUAGAGUCUACUAAAGAAAGCCUUCAUGGUGCCUACAAGGCUACUGUUGGCCCGUACGUUCAGCAUGUGGGAGUCGAAUUAUCACCGUACUACCGGACUCUCAGCGACUACCUUUCUCGAGCUUAUUGGCGAGUCAUUGAACCACUAUACGCGCAUGCUGGGCCUUUUAUUGGAAAGACAUAUGCGUCUGGCCAAGAUGUGCUGGCAACAACUGUUCUCCCCCACGUUGGUGGCCUCUGGUCUUCUACUGUCUAUUUUGUGAACAACUCCUUAUGGCCUAUCAUCACUGGCCUUUACUCGAAGAACGUUGAACCCCAACUAGUUAAAAUCGGACAGAAGUUAGCGAGCUACAAGGAGGGCAAGAGACUGCGGCCAGUCGUGGAUGAGGCCGAGAGCCUAUUUGAACCACAAGUGCCUGCAACUGUGUCUACGGAAGCUGUUCACGAGCCGGAAAUCACAUCGCAGACUUUGACCCAAGAGACUGCUUCAACAAAGACGCCCUGUUCUCCUUCAGAUAGGGUUGGGCAAAGUCGCGAGGAAACUGCAUCGGCUCUUCAAGAGUGGCAGAAGCGGUUUACUGCUGCAGCUGGCAAAGGCGCCGAGGAUCUUCGAGAGCGCGUGACAGAAAUUGUGGACGGUAAUGUUGCCAGGAGUGCUUUAAGCCACGGUGCGAAUCUUGUACUGGAGCUGGAAAACGCAGUUGGUGACGAACUUUCUACUAUUAAGCUUCGAAUAAAUGCCUCUGUUGAAUCGCUGCCAUUUGAAGAGGUCCCCGCUGAAGAAGAGAAGAAAGUGCAGGAGGAUCUUAAUCGAGUUAUCAAAGAGGCUGCAAUCGCCAUUAGAGAUCGCACCCAUGCUCUCAGGGAAUGGUACAAUUCGUUUGAUCAGGAUCUCACUGAUCGUGUUAGUGCAGCAAUUGAUUCUACGCUGCAUGUCCUUGAUAGCAUACGCGAUUUAGGACUCCAGGACGUUGGAAUGCGAUGGGCGCGGACUGAUGGUGUCACCUUUGAAGAUUGGGGCAGAUAUCAUGCAAUCAAGUCACAGUUUGAUGACUGGCGGGAUGAGGUUAGACUUGCCGGUCUGCAGCACGAGAAGCUCGAUGAGACAAGGACGCUUGCUAGCGAAAUUUUGGACCAUGGAAUGGACAUAGCUAAGGCUGCUGCGAGGGAGUUGCCUAGGCUCAGGGAUGUCGGAAUUUGGAAGAUUGCAGCUCGCGAGUUAAGCGACAAUUUUGAGACAAGAUUCGAGCCUCCUCCACCCCUCCCGAAACCAGUCGAUGGAUCCGAUCAAGAGUCUAACGAUACCAUUUCAACUUCGGACACGGUGACACUUGAGACCUUGCCGGUUUUUGAAAGCGCUCAUGUCACAUUGGAUGCUGAUUCUACUACAGCUGAGGAUGAAAUUCUUGGUACGGAGUUCGAUGAAACGGUGCCCGUGGAUAAUCCGAUUCCGACUCAGGAUCAACAUCCUCUUCACAUAAGUGAAGAAGCAGAGCCGACCCAAGAACCAGCACUAGUUCCUUCUACUGCCCCCACGGAGGAAGCUUUUGAAAACACGGGUGUGCCGAACCACCUAUCAGAGAAUGAGGCUUCCCAAGCUCCUCCGAAACACACACCAGAGCUUUGA